GCCUGCUUGUCACAUUUAUCGAUAUCGAUUCGCGAUGGCGGCCCUUGACAAGCAGCCCCCACCUCACCUCGGGCAUUAUUUCUCCUGGCUCACCGGCGCUGGGCGCUUAACGGACGUCGCCUGGCGAUGGGGUCGUCGAAUUUCCUCUCCUCUUUUGUCGUCCGUCGUCUGUCAGGCAGCGGGCGGGGUGACUACCCACGGCCAGCUACCGUGCCAUGCAUGCGCACUGCGCCAAAUGCCAUUUCGGCUGUAGACAUUCAGUUCGUCUUUCCCAUGUGGGCAGAAGCAGCCGGAUAUCCGCAAUAAGGACCAGCUCUGCCAAUUAAAGGGGCUGGCCGCAAUAGCAUGACACAGGCAGCCGCCUUGUCCCUGCCGCUCCUCAUCUGCUGGUCCCCGCAGCGUCCUCAUUCUCCUGCCCUGCCAUGCAUUAUUGUCUGCCAGGCAAUCACCGCGCCCAAGUCCGCCAGCAGCAAGCCGAACGCAUGCUGGAAUUCGUGGCGGGCGCUUUGACUGUUCUCAGGAGCGGCAGUCGUCUCAACAGUGCCAUCGGCGGGGCCAUCUGGGGAUGACAAGUGGGUACAUGUAGAUUGCACCGAGAUAAUCUCUAUUUACACAAGCCGAUGACGACGAAUCAUUCAGAACUCUAUGCGCCGGCU